CUUCUUCUAUGGGUCUUCACCUGAGAGCAUAUAUAUACCAACUGUACUGGAGCAUCUUAGAAUUGAGGAGGAGACAGUGAAUUCGUUUUAUGAGGAACUUGUCAAAAACAUAAAUACAAAAUUAUAAAUGACGGUUGAGAUUUUUCUUUAAAGAUGAUUUCGCAAUUAAUUUGUGGUCUUGUUCUCUGUACCGGGGCCCUCCUGUAUCAGUCGACAAUGGCGCAAGUUGAUGGGUAUCGGCCAGGAGUGGAUUAUCCAAUUUAUAAUUCCGUUCCCUUCGGACUCAGUUUCAACUGCAGAAAUAAAUUACCCGGCUACUAUGCAGAUCCUGAAGCAAGAUGUCAGGUCUGGCACUGGUGUCUGCCAAACGGCCGAAUGUACAGUUUUCUGUGCCCCAAUGGCACGGUCUUCAGUCAGACCACUCGCGUCUGCGACUGGUGGUUCAAGGUGGAUUGCAACGAUUCCCCAAGGAUUUAUGGCAUUAAUGAUGAUUUGUACAGAGACGCCCUCGGGAACAGAAUAUAAAUUAUGAUACAUUAUACAUUAUAUUUAUGCACUGAAUAAAAAAAAGGAAAGCAAAAA